AGGAGGAGGAGGAGAAAAAAGAGGAGGAGAAGCAGGGAGCGGCUGUUGCGCCCGUCGGACGCCGCCGCCUUGACGCGCUCCUGCCCCGCCGCCGCUUCCCGUGCCCGGGCUGGGUCUCCGGCGCCUCGGCCGGCCGACGGCGGAGGGAAGAUGGCCGGGGUCGAGGCGGGCCUGAGCGGCGCCGGUCUCCGGGAACAGCCGCCGGGGGAUCCCGGGGGCUCCGCCGCCGUCGCCGCCGCCCCGGCCGAAGAGUCGUCGGACAGCGAAGGGGAGCCCGAAGGACCGCAGAAACUCAUCCGCAAAGUCUCCACCUCGGGGCAGAUCCGGAGCAAGACCAGUAUAAGGGAAGGACUGCUUUUGAAACAAACCAGCUCAUUCCAGAGAUGGAAACGACGUUACUUUAAACUACGGGGCCGAACUCUUUACUAUGCCAAGAAUUCCAAGUCCUUAAUAUUCGAUGAGGUUGACCUCUCAGAUGCCAGCGUGGCUGAAUCGAGCACCAAAAACGUCAACAACAGCUUCACGAUCAUCACACCGUUCCGAAGGUUGAUAUUGUGUGCAGAGAACAGAAAAGAGAUGGAAGACUGGAUUAGUUCGCUCAAGUCUGUCCAGUCCCGAGAACAUUAUGAGGCAGCCCAGUUUAACGUGGAACACUUCUCAGGGAUGCACAACUGGUAUGCUUGUUCCCACGCGAGGCCCACUUUUUGCAACGUCUGCCGUGAGAGCCUCUCUGGAGUCACUUCCCAUGGCUUGUCUUGCGAAGUAUGCAAGUUCAAGGCUCACAAAAGAUGUGCCGUUCGGGCAAUAAAUAAUUGCAAAUGGACAACGUUGACUUCAAUUGGAAGAGAUAUCAUUGAGGAUGAAGAUGGUGUAAGUCUUUGCAACAAACAUCUCACUCUCAUCCUCAUCCUUAUCCUCAACCUCAACCUUAGCAUCAUUUUCAUCCUCAUCCUCACCUUCAUUCUCAACUUGAACCUCAACUUCACCCUUACCCUCAACCUCGAUAUCAUUUUCAUCCUUAUCCCCAGCCUCAAUCUCAGUUUCAACCUCAGUCUCCUCAACUUCAACUUCAACUUCGUCCUCACCCUCAACCUCAUCCUCAUUUUCAUUCUCAUCCUCGACAUCAACCUCAUCUUUACCCUCAACCUCAAUAUCAUUUUCAUGCUCACCCUCACCCUCACCCUUAUCCUCAACUUGAACCUCAUCCUCACCCUCAUUCUCAACAUCAUUUUCAUUCUAACCCUCAUCCUCAACCUCAUCUUCAUUCAUUUCCAGGUACAUACGGCGUGCCGAGACUCGUAUCCGCGAAAGUGUCCCCUUGGCCAGUGCAAAGUCUCAAUUAUUCCGCCCACAGCGCUGAACAGCAUAGAUUCGGAUGGUUUCUGGAAAGCCACCUGUCCGCCCACCUGCGCCAGUCCUCUCUUGGUUUUUGUGAAUUCGAAGAGUGGAGACAAUCAGGGUGUGAAAUUUCUUCGGCGCUUCAAACAGUCGCUCAACCCAGCUCAGGUUUUCGAUUUAAUGAACGGGGGACCCCAUUUAGGUUUACGGUUAUUUCAGAAGUUUGACAAUUUUCGAAUCCUGGUGUGCGGGGGAGAUGGGAGUGUCGGCUGGGUGUUGUCUGAAAUUGAUAAACUCAACCUACACAAACAGUGUCAUUUGGGAGUGUUACCGCUUGGGACGGGAAAUGACCUCGCCCGAGUCCUCGGUUGGGGAGGGUCCUGUGACGAUGACACACAACUGCCUCAAAUUUUAGAAAAAUUAGAACGCGCUAGCACCAAAAUGCUAGACAGAUGGAGUAUCAUGUCAUACGAAUUGAGAUUGCCAUCCAAGCAAUGCAUCCUUCCAGUUACUCCUGAAGAAGACGCUGAAGAUUGUCAGAUGUCUGCCUAUGAGGAUUCAGUUGCCACACACCUGACAAAGAUCCUUGAUUCGGAUCAACACUCCGUUGUUAUAUCGUCUGCCAAGAUCUUGUGUGAAACCGUGAAAGGAUUUGUGGCCAAAAUAGGGAAGACUUGUGAAAGACCAGAGGAAAAUGCAGAAACGGACGCCAUGGCUAUUAAAUGCUCGGAACUGAACGAGAAGUUGAGUCUUCUCCUCCAGGCUCUCCAGGCGGAAACCCAGGUUAGUUCAAGCCGUCCCCACAUGGCUACGACCCCCAUCGCUGAGGAAGAACCGGACGAGUCAUCGAGUGAGGAGUCUUUGUCGGAUGCCAAAGAACCAUUGACCGAGAACAACACAGCUGCUCCGACCCAACAGAUGUUCAAAUCCCGAGAGCAGCUGAUGCUACGGGCCAACAGUUUGAAGAAAGCUCUGAGACAGAUCAUUGAGCAAGCGGAGAAAGUGGUGGACGAACAGAACGCACACAGUGAAGAUCAAAUAAACCAGGCCGCGAUGGAGUAUAAUAAGGAAUUAGAUGAGUCCAAGGAAGAAAAAGACGAGGACACCAAAGAAUAUGAAUCUCAUCCGAUCUCGGCUGGUGUCGCCACCAAGGAAAAUCUUCCAGUCCUGAACACAAGAAUAAUUUGUCCAGGUCUGAGAGCAGGCCUCGCUGCCUCCAUUGCGGGAAGCUCCAUUAUUAGCAAAAUGUUAUUGGCAAAUAUUGAUCCAUUCGGCGCCACCCCUUUUAUUGAUCCUGACCCAGAAUCGCUGGAAGGCUAUUCAGAGAAGUGCGUCAUGAACAAUUAUUUCGGUAUCGGAUUAGAUGCGAAGAUUUCACUAGAGUUUAACAACAAGCGGGAGGAACAUCCUGAAAAAUGCAGAAGCAGGACCAAGAACAUGAUGUGGUACGGAGUCCUUGGUACUAAAGAAUUGUUACAACGGACUUACAAAAACUUAGAGCAGAAAGUUCAACUCGAGUGCGACGGACAAUAUAUCCCUCUUCCUAGCCUUCAAGGCAUAGCUGUUUUGAACAUCCCAAGCUACGCCGGUGGGACAAAUUUCUGGGGUGGAACCAAGGAAGAUGAUAUCUUCGGAGCGCCAUCGUUCGAUGAUAAAAUCUUGGAGGUCGUGGCGGUUUUUGGCAGCAUGCAGAUGGCCGUUUCCCGCGUGAUCAAGCUCCAGCAUCAUAGAAUAGCCCAGUGCCGGGCUGUGAAGAUCACCAUACUGGGGGAUGAAGGAGUUCCGGUUCAGGUCGAUGGGGAAGCUUGGAUUCAGCCCCCGGGGAUCAUUAAAAUCGUGCACAAGAACCGAGCGCAGAUGCUAACGCGAGACAGAGUACGUCGGUGGGGGAGAAGCAGGGGGGCGUCAUUCUCCCAAACACACAGCGACCAUAAUAAUAAAAAAAAGAGCAGAGAUAGUACAGGGAGUCCUCGGCUUACAACAGUUCCUUUAGUGACCGAAGAGACAGCGCAGAUCCAAGCUUGUUCUCAGGUGGCGGAAGAGCUGAUCACCAGAAUCUGUGAAGCUGCCAAAACUCACAGCCUCUUGGAGCAAGAGCUGGCUCAUGCGGUGAAUGCCUGUUCCCAUGCUUUAACCAAAGGCGGCCCGAAAUUCCCUGAGAGCCUUACCAGGAAUACUGCGCUGGAAAUCGCUGCCACCGUGAAGGCAUUGCAUGAUGAAACAGAAUCCUUGUUAGUUGGGAAAGUCUCGUUGCAAUUGGAAUCUCCCUGCGAGGAGUUGCUGGUGUCGGCGGUGCACAAUUUGGAGACCGAACUGAGAAAAAUGGCCGAAAUCCCUUGGCUCUGCUAUAUAUUGCAGAUGAAUGAUGAUGAGGAUCCUCCUUUGGAAUACUGUAAACGAAACAACCGAAGUACCAUGUUUCGUAUAGUGCCAAAAUUUAAAAAGGAAAAGGUUCAAAAACAGAAGACCAGUGCCCAGCCUGUUCAGAAAUGGGGCACGGAUGAAGUUGGCGCUUGGUUGGAGCUGCUGAAUUUGGGAGAAUACAAAGAAAACUUCAUCAGCCACGACAUCCGAGGGGCCGAACUUUUGCACCUGGAGAGGCGAGACCUGAAGGAUUUGGGGAUAACGAAAGUGGGUCAUAUGAAGCGAAUUCUUCAGGGAAUUAAAGAAUUUGGCAGGAGCCCACCGUUACCGGAAGUGUAGCUGUGCCGGCUGCUCUGCUGAGGAAGUGCUACUUACACAAAGGUGUAGAAGGAUGCGGGUUCCUCCCGGGCGAGUAAACGCCAGGUUGUGAGAAGAGCGUUAACUCUGAUCGGGGCGAGGUUUGAUGAACAAGCCGGAUGCGAGUAUCCAAAAGGUUUUGUGGGUCUAAGUCAUCCUCUUUUCAUGACCCCGUAAUCCGUUGCAGGGUGGAGUCUGGGCAGCUGAAUGGAGCUGAGUGUUUACUGGCCGGAUGCCUUUCCU